UGGCAAAGUGACAGGAACAUGAGACAUUUGAAGUAGGUCACUGGCACUUUGUGCCAGUACAGGGCUGACUUUGUCACACUUGGUCAGCCUUCCUAUGUCCUUGUUUACUUUGAUGCUUUUUGUCCCCCUCCCACUCACCUGCUUUAUUUAUAAAGCAUCAAACUUGGUUUUUGUGCUACUGGGCAAACGUUGAAACAGCCUCUUUUUCUAUCGAUGAUUCGAUACUGCCACCUAGAGGAUGCUGCAAGUAAUUUAGCCACCACAGUCCAGCAAGUUUUGUUUUGAUUUUAUUACAGUACUGUACUUUGAAAGGUGCCGGAAGCUCUUCGCGUGUUUCCCAGAAUAACUUCCUGUGUGGUUGUCAUGGGCGACACGGACGCGGGGAGACUCCACACGGUCCAGCGUGGGUAUUUUGGCGUUUUUUUGGGUCAAAAUUAAAUCCCUGGCAAUUGUCUGAAGCGAAAUGCCACCCAAGGGUGCAAAAAAAGGCGCGGCAGCGAAGAAGACCGCCGCCGCACAGGGUCCUGACGUCCAGACUUGGGAGAGUGGUCUCGCCAAUGCACAGUUUGACGAGGACAACUGGCAAGCGUGCGUGUGCGUCUUGGUGGGUCGAAGUCCGGACGACGAGGACCUGAUCCGGCUGGUGGCUCGGGCCGUGCAGCAACCGCAGCGCAAACUUUUCACCUCGCUCGCUUGGGAGGACACCGAGGCCAAGAUUCGAGAAUAUGGGAAUCCCAAAGCAAAAAAACGUGACGCUUUUCCUCAGUACUACGAGGUGACGGCGCCCGCCAGGGAGUUGCUCGAGGCCCACGAGGAGAUCCCUGCUGAACUCAUGGCGCAAAUAAUCAAGUUUAUGCUGCUGCAGGUGAAAGAGAGUGACCAGCGGAGGCGAAAAACAGAGCAAGUUCGAGCUGCUGCUCCUGUCGCCAAAGGAAAAGCAGGAGCAAAAGGCAAAGACAAGAAGGCAAAGGAUGAGCCGCCUCCGAAACCCAAAACAAAACUUAAACGCAGGGAUGAUGUCGAGCCACCCAAGUACAUAAACGACGAGCCCAACGACGGCCCUCAACAUUACAUCCUGCUGAUGGGCUUCCACCAGCCUCAACUGGUGGGGACGCUGGAUGGCGCCGGCGUGCACGUCGCCAACGUCAUCAGGCUGAGCGCCACGCAUCCGCCCUGCGAAGAGGACCACGAGCAGGAUGAGGAAAACCCCGAGCCCAACGCGGAUGAAAUUGCUGCCAAAGAGGCGAGGGCUGCACAGGCCAAAGUACUGGACCACUUCUGGGGAGCACUGAGGCAAGUUUUGGACAACGGAGGAGCAAACUCCAGACUCCACAACGUGGCUCAGCUGGAAUACGCCGUCCCGGACUCGUUGAUGCCCUUUGACCGGCAGGAUUUCGACUCUGUGAUGGCGGUGGCGACCCAAAUGUUCGACGACGUGGCCAAUCUCAUCUAUGACUGCCUGGACUGGCGCAGGCAGCACCAGCACUACUUGGACAGCGCCAACUUCAUACGUGUGCCCUCUGUGGUCUCGGGGCAGGACGCUCCACCACCUGCAGAGACUGGAGCUACUGUGUCCCCACGUUCGAAGAAGCCAGGACGCCCUCCAGCCCCAAAAAAGCCGCCGUCAUCUCUGACCACCGACGUGGACAUGAAUCACUACAGCAGCCUCAUGGAGCACGUCCCGGCCGAGGCCUGCUCCGUGCCGCUCAUCUUGCACUGCAUGCUGGAACAGGUUGUGUUGUCAAGUGAGCAGCCCCCGCCGUCGCAAGCGCCUGACGACUCUGACCCCGAGACCGCUCCCGGUCUGGAUCAUCACGUGGUGGGCCAAAUGCUGCAAAACGUCUUGCCUGAGGUCGAACCAGGGGACGAGAAGAGAGACUUGCUCGACAGUUUGUUGACCACUGUACAGAGGCAAGAGGACAAGGAGAUGCUUAAGGAGCAGUUUCAGGUUGAGGUGUCACCGAGAACGCCCGAGCAGCCUGUCAUUAUCAGACACCAUGAUGAAAGGGCGCUGCGCUUAAUUGGCAUAACUGGGACUCAAGGUUUGGAUCCAGCCCAGGAGGAGGCGGCCAUGAUGAAGCAGUCGCCCGCGUGGAGGCUCAUCAACUCUGUGGCUCAGCGGCGCUCCAACAGCUCCUGCUGGAGGGCCAUCAAACAGCAGCUCCAGCGCCAAUGCACCGAUGAUGAGGUGUCAUGGCCGCAGGUGGAGCGCUUCCUUCACCAGAGCGUGUUUGAGAGCAUGCAAUUGACUGGAUUGGAUGAAGACGGUGUUCUGGGAAAAGACUGCAGACCUUUAGGAAUGGUGCACCAUGCCAAAAAACCCCCCGUCAACCCCUGGGACAACCCGUUGUCCUUCGCGAAGCAGAAGCUUCGCAACCAACGCAAGAAAUCUUCAAUGUUUCUCCAAGACGACUCGACAGAUUCUACAGAGAUCAGCGAGCGCCUAGUUGUCCAGCUGGACCUGAAUGACAUUCAGAGUUGCCGAUUGAGGUCCCUGAAGGAUUGGCACUAUGUUGAACACCACGAGGCGGCCGUCUUUCCUCAGGUCCUCCAGUCGGCUGCCCAGCAGUAUCGCUGUCUGGACACACUCAGAGGAAGUCAUAAUAACGUCUUGUACAUUUUCUGCCACAAUCCCAUGAGUUCCAAUCGCUUGUGCAAGGAGUUCUGGGACGUAGCCAUUCACACGGAUGUCAAGUUCAGGACAUAUUUGGAGCAUGUAGCAGACACCAUCAGAGACUGGAUUGAGAAAGAGGAGCUAAAGAAGCAGGAGUUGGAGAACACCCAAAUAAGUCCAGCGCAAGAGUCAGAAAAUUGCACAGAGGAAGAUGAGGAGUCACAAGUGGCUUAUAUCACAAAAAACUCACUCAAAGCUGCCAGGCUGGAGGAGGAAAGGCUGAAGGAAGAGGAAUCCAAAAAAGGCAAGAAGCCGGCCAAGGCGGCGGGGGGAAAAAAGCAGAAGCCGGCGAAGGACGCGAAGUCCGCCGAUGCCAAGAAAAGCGACAAAUCCGCCAACACGGGCAAGAGCAAAACGACCACCAACAGCUCCACGGUCGCCGCCUCCGACCAGUCGCUUUCCAUUAAAACGGAAGACAAAGAGGAGGCCGGCAGUGGGUUCACGGGCUUCCACAUGGAUGGAAUGUUGGUCCAUCUGUCAGGGUCUCUCCAGUACCUCUUCCCUGCGGCUGGGGGAGACGUUACCGUGGAGACCGUCAGCUACGUUGAAGGUUCCAGAAUGCUGAAAGUGGCCGUGAAGCAAGACGGCCACCACUUCUACACGCACAUCAGCCCGACAUAUUUGGAGCAUGUAGCAGACACCAUCAGAGACUGGAUUGAGAAAGAGGAGCUAAAGAAGCAGGAGUUGGAGAACACCCAAAUAAGUCCAGCGCAAGAGUCAGAAAAUUGCACAGAGGAAGAUGAGGAGUCACAAGUGGCUUAUAUCACAAAAAACUCACUCAAAGCUGCCAGGCUGGAGGAGGAAAGGCUGAAGGAAGAGGAAUCCAAAAAAGGCAAGAAGCCGGCCAAGGCGGCGGGGGGAAAAAAGCAGAAGCCGGCGAAGGACGCGAAGUCCGCCGAUGCCAAGAAAAGCGACAAAUCCGCCAACACGGGCAAGAGCAAAACGACCACCAACAGCUCCACGGUCGCCGCCUCCGACCAGUCGCUUUCCAUUAAAACGGAAGACAAAGAGGAGGCCGGCAGUGGGUUCACGGGCUUCCACAUGGAUGGAAUGUUGGUCCAUCUGUCAGGGUCUCUCCAGUACCUCUUCCCUGCGGCUGGGGGAGACGUUACCGUGGAGACCGUCAGCUACGUUGAAGGUUCCAGAAUGCUGAAAGUGGCCGUGAAGCAAGACGGCCACCACUUCUACACGCACAUCAGCCACGUUGUCCAUGCAGCGAGAAAUGACGUGAAAGAGCAUCCUGUCAAGACGACCGUAGAGACCAGGCGGGGCUUCUCGGCCUUGCUGGAUAACGGCGUCCGGCUGUCUUACAGCUUCGAAAGACCACCAGAGAAAAGCAAAGCCCCACAAGAGAGUCUCAAGGAAACAGAGAAAGGGCAGCAAGAGACGACGGUAGCGGAUCUGACCGACAUCCCAAACAACGACGGCACCCCUGCAGAGGUGCAGGUGCAGCCGUGUGAAAUCCAGCCAGAAGUGUGCCCGAGUCCAUUCAACAGCCUUAGCUUGUCUAUCCCGAGUGGCCUACUUGUGCAGUUUAUCCGUGAAGAUGAGGACCUGAGUAUGCUGGUGCGACUGAGUUUUCACGCCGCGGGCUGCCAGGGGCCUUGUCUGGCCAAAGAGGCGUCUCGCACCAUCACCAGUCAGGGAACCGUGAUCCGAUACAUGAAGGACUCCUCCAGCGAGGUGCUCUUUGCAGAUGGCACGGUCAGUUCCAGCUUGGAUUCUGGUCCAGUGUGGGUACAAGAAAUAGAAGAAGUAGAGGCUCCAGAUGGCAAGGGACCCACACUGAACUGAAGACACACGAACGCACGC